AUGUUAGCGGCCCAGAGUGUUACGGCUUGGGCCCAAAAAGUUACGGCUGCCCCGAGUGGUUUUCGGCUGCCCCAAAAGUGUUACGGCUGCCCAAGUGUUUCGGCUGCCCAGAGUGGUUUUUUGGGUGCCCCCUGUGGUUUCGGGGGCCCAGUGUGUUUAAAGGCUGCCCAGAGUGUUUUGCCUGCCCAGUGUGUUUUCGCCUGCCCAGUGUGUUACGGCUGCCCAGUUGUUACGGCUUGCCCAGAGUGUUUCGGCUGCCCCUGUGUUACGCCUGGCCCCGUUUUUUACGGCUGCCCAGAGUGUUUUAAAAGGCUCCCAGAGUGUUACGCUGCCCCGAGUGUUACGGGUGCCCAGAGUGUUACGCUGCCCAGAGUAGUGUUACGGCUGCCCAGAGUGGUUACGGCUUUCCCAGAGUGUUACGGCUGCCCCGAGUGUUACGGGUGCCCAGAGUGUUACGGCUGCCCGGUGUUACGGCUGCCAGA